AUUGGGUCAGUCAGUUUUCGCACAACGUGAAGGCAAUACGUCGAUAGGUCGUGAGUGGAUAAGGAGAACCAAAAGCCGAAGCUAAAACGAUUUGAAAAGCGAAAGUCGAACGUCGAACGUCAGAAAGAAAACGCGAUGGAGUUUAACAAUCGUUUGCUAUUGAAGAUCAUUGAGCUGGCCAUUGCCAUUGCUUGCUGUGUGCUUAGUGAGAUGGUGGAUACUAUGAGCAAACAUGAUCUGAUUGUCUACGGAACCAUUGGUGGUUUCACUAUCAUCUGUGCUGUGCUUUUUAUCGGACACGUGAUCGGUUCAGUUGUGGAGAAACGUCUGAAUGCGCUUAUCUCGCUGUUGGGUUGUAUCUUGUUUGUGGCAUCGGGUGCAUUGGUGAUCGAUUAUUGGCAUGAUACCUACGACUACCUGAAGGAUCGCAAGCGUAAAGCUAUCGCUGCUGGCUCCCUGAUGAUUAUCAACGGCGCCGUCUUUUUACUGGAUACACUCUCCAUUUGCAGAACGUAAGCCCCAAAUAGAAUGGGCUAUCUUCAUAUUUAUGAUGCGCUUUUUUUUUUAAAACAUACCAAUUGAAAUUCUCAUGGCUUCUGUGUGUGGUCAUAAUGCGGAAUAUGAAUCUUGUGUAAACUCUUCGAAUUUCAUGUACACAAUAUACUUAUAUUUAUAUGUAAUUUUUUUUCGAAUAUACCUAUCUAUGUAGCACUUAAGUAAAAUUCGAUUGUGCACGAGAAAGCGUUUGCUAAACAAAUAUUAAAUUGUUCACAGGAAUCCAUUAAGAAAUAUAUACUGCUAUUGUA